GGCGGGCCCCGGGAGGGGCGGUUCCCGGCUCGUCCCUAGGCUUUGAGCUGGCGGAAGAGAUAGGCAGGACCUUGAACCUGUGCUCCUGAGUGGAAAGAAGGCAUUCCUGCAAGCGCGAAGGCACUGCGCGUCAGGCCAAGUUUGGAGGCACACAUAAAAUCCCAGCACCCAAGAGGUUCAAACAGGAGGAGCACUGUUCCAGACUAGCUUGGGCCAAAAAGAAAAUAAAAAUAAUCAACAAUGGAUGAAUAUGCUGUUCGUCGUGCAGACUUUGGUGUGUUCUUACAUUAGGAAGUACCUGCUAGUUACCUGACACAGACUGUGAGGUUACGUGGAACGUCUGGACCACAUUCUUAGACCCUCUGUUAGAAAAGCCCAGGUUCGAGCUGAGUACAGCACCCAGUGAACAGUGCUUUCCUGGCAUGCCCGAGGCCCUGGCUCCAUCUCAGAACUGAACACAGAAACGAAGAAGAACAGAACCCCCGGGGACUGUUGGUGCUGGUGCCCUGUGACCUCUCGUGAUUGUUCGCCAACAGCUGCUGUGUUUGAGCAACCUUGCUGAGAAGAAGAAAAUGGCUUGUAUUGAGUUUUCUUUUCAUGUGCCAAGUCUGGAGGAGCUUGCUGAAGUUUUGCAGAAGGGGCUGACGGACAACUUUGCUGAUGUCCAGGUUUCCGUGGUUGACUGCCCAGAUUUAACAAAGGAGCCAUUUACCUUUCCUGUAAAAGGCAUCUGUGGGCAAACUAGAAUUGCAGAAGUGGGAGGUGUGCCUUACUUAAUGCCUCUUGUAAACAAAAAAAAAGUUUAUGACCUAAAUGAAAUUGCAAAAGAAAUAAAGCUGCCUGGAGCUUUUAUCCUUGGAGCAGGGGCAGGUCCAUUUCAGACGCUUGGGUUCAAUUCUGAGUUCAUGCCAGUUGUUCAGACAGCAGGUGAACACAACUGUCCUGUGAACGGAAGUUACUUUGCCCGAAUUAACCCUGCAGACGGGACGUGCCUGCUGGAGAAAUACAGCCAGAAAUACCACGACUUUGGAUGCGCACUGCUGGCUAAUCUCUUUGCCAGUGAGGGCCAACCUGGCAAGGUCAUCAAGGUGCAAGCCAAGAGAAGGACAGGACAGCUCAACUUUGUGACUUGCAUGAGGCAGACUCUAGAAGAGCACUAUGGAAACAAGCCUGUGGGGAUGGGAGGCACCUUCGUUGUGCAGAAGGGGAAAGUCAAGGCCCACAUCAUGCCAGCAGAGUUUUCUUCCUGCCCAUUGACCUCAGAUGAAGCUGUUAAUAAGUGGUUACAUUUCUAUGAGAUGAAGGCUCCUUUGGUCUGUCUGCCAGUCUUUGUCUCCAAAGACCCGGGGCUCGAUUUGCGACUGGAGCACACUCAUUUCUUCAGUCAUCACGGAGAAGGCGGACAUUACCACUAUGAUACCACCCCAGACACAGUGGAGUAUCUUGGCUACUUCUCGCCUGCACAGUUCCUCUAUCGCAUUGAUCAGCCCAAGGAGACCCAUGCGUUUGGGAGAGAUUAAAGCAGCUGAUGCUUGCUUAGAAGAAGAAAUGAUUAGCUAAGGUUAAAUCACUAACUCAGGAGCUGAUACUAAUUCAAAAAUCCACUAGAGGGCCCUGAAGAGAGUGCUUCCAUAACAAGCAAGACCCCAGCUUAACCCCCAGCACAGAAGAAAAACAAUAAGUAAUUUCACUAUGUAAAUGCUAUUUUUAUGGCAUUUGAAAUGCAAGGAUAUGGAUACAUGAUACUCAUAUUAUUUUGCAUCUUUCAUGUGAAGGAGAUUAUUGGGAACAAAGAUACAUAGGCAUACCUCUUGCCUUCUCCUUAAACCUGAACCUUAUGCCAAGGACCCCAACCUGGAUUUAGCAGGAUGGUGGGGAAUGGUUGGGAAUCCAGAGACCUGUUUCUUCCUCUUCCUAAUGGGACUGCAUUCAAGAAAUCUUAUGC